AUAACUGCAUGUGUUUUGAACAUUUAUGUUAUCUUUUUGUUUAGUUAUUCUUUUUGAAGCUUUUUAUCAGUAUGAAUGAUCGUACUAACGAUCAAGUAGAUCUCACAAUACAAGAAAUUAAUAAUGAUCCCGCCAAAAAUGCUAAUAAUUGUGUUGAAAACUCAAGCGAUGAAGAAAAUUAUUCAUAUAGUGAUGACUCACUUUGUUCUGAUGCAUCCUUUAAUGAAUCAGAUAUUACCAAUGUUACCACAAGAUCCUCCGUGAUAAGUCGAAAUUCAUAUUCAUAUUCUUCAGCUUCAAAAUCAUCUAAUAAUUCUGAAGAGAGUGAUAUGGAAAAGAAUUUGAAAGGAACAAGGAAAAAAAAUUAUUUAUCAUCUUCACUUUCAGUAUCAUCAAGUGGAACAAGUGUAAAUACUAGAAAAAAUAUGAGUUUUACAAAUAAUGAAAUGAUGAAAAUUGAAAGAGAAAAUCAAUAUUUAUUGAGAAAAAUAAUGGCUAAAUCUACACCCUCUAAAAGUGUACAGAUACAAACCGUGCCAAAUAGACCAAGUAGUUCAGCGAUCAAUCGGAAGAGACUUCAAAGAAAGAUUGAGGAAGAAAAUAUGAUGAUGCUGAGAAGGAUUCAAAAUGCAAAGCCACAUAUUUCUGCCGUAAAAAGAGCACCUAAGCAUCAACUGAAAUCUGUUUUAUAAAAAAAAAAAAAGUUAUUUCUUACAUAAAUAUAAAUAGCUUAUUUUAGAAUUUUG